AUGAACCGCUUGAAGCAGUCUCUCUCGUCGCUGCCACGUCCCACGCUGCCCAGCUCGUCCCCAGGCGACACCGACUCCUCCGUCCCCCCACCUCUCGAACCGGGUCGCGUUGAGGCCCUCACAGCGCGUUACGACCUCGCCUCGAACCUGCUCGCCGCAUUCAAGCUCUUCCAAAGUAGUAUCGCCAAGCCCAAGCCCAAUCCAAGUGCGGCGCUGCUCUCGAGGGGCAAGCAAACGGAGCUGCCAGCGACAUGGGUUGGCGAGGCGAUGUUGAGCGGGAGUGAGGCAGGCCGUCUGACUUUGGCGCCGGGAGGAGACGAUGCGUACGGAUCCGCCCUCUCGCAAGUUGGACAGCUUCACCUCGACUUGGCCAAGCUCGCUACAGCGUACCAGGAGAACCUGGCGUCUGGAUACCUCGCCACUCUCGAAAGUCGGACGAACGAGCUUCGCGCGGUCGAUCUUGCCGUGAAAGAAGCGGAGAAGAAGCGCAAGACGCUGGAGAGUGUCCUCACCAAGAUCGACAAGGGCAAGAAGGACGCCUCGGAGUACGAGCACGAGCUCGACAACGCCCAAUUCGCCUAUGACACCGCCUGCCGCGGGCUCACUCGCCAGGUUGCCGAGUAUGAAGCGGCUGCUGAGACUGAUACGAAGGCGCUGCUCGACCUUGUGGACGUCCACCUCGAAUUCGCAAAUGGCUUCGCUUCGCUUCUUACCGACUGCAAGCGGCAGUUGCAAAGUAUCCCUCCUACGUCGGCUGGUCCGCCUCGCUCGUCCCGCCGAGCUCCGCCUCUCCCGACUCGCAUGUCCCGCUCAUACUCCGACUCUUCCGUCAGACGUGGCCAAAGCACCCCUCCGCCCGCCUCCUUCAGCAUCCUCGGCCCGAACCGCCAACGCAGCAACACCGUCGCUUCGCAAACGAGCGAGAAGGACAAGGACAAGCUCAGUCCUGGCGGAGAUCUGAGCGAGGCGAAUCGCAGUCGGAGCAGUAGCUUCCUGGAGCGGUUCGCACUCGGCAACAAGGGGAGGAAGAAGUCGGAUGAUGCGCAGCGGGAGUCGGAAGAGGAGACUUGGAAGACGGAGGAGGCUGUCUCGCCUGCUCGGUCGGGUUCGACGACUCCCUCGCGAUUCGCGGCGCCCUCGAUGCCGGCUAUGCCGUCGCUUGGCUCGUUCAAAAAGCUUUCAAUCGGCGCAGGCGGCAAGUACGGCUCACUGGGCGACUCGGAGCAAGGCCGCCCCGAUCGCUCGUCGUCCGCCUCAUCACCUACGAAGCGCGCAACCCCUCCACUCCCAGCACGGCGCCGACCCACCUCUCCUCCCGCCGCUCGAAGCGGGCAAGUCGGUUCGACCUAUCGUGCGCAAUGGUCCUACGUUCCCUCCUCCUCAACCUCGACCGCCUCAUCCGAGGACGACUCUCACGACGUCUCUUUCGAGAAGGGCGACGUCAUUCGCGUUGAGAAGGAGAUCAAUGCGGAUUGGUGGAGAGCGGUGGUGAUUGAAGGGACGUGGAAGGGUCAACGAGGGACGUUCCCGAGCGCUUACUUCGUGCGAUGCGAGGAGGAGGACAGGGAGGAGAGGGCGAGUAGUGUGCCAAGGAUACGGGCGCAGAGGUACUCGACCGGAUCGGACAUGACUGUCUCGAGUGAGGGAGACGGGGCGGGACAUUCGACGGAGGACGACGAGGCGCAGGCGUCGAGUCGUCUCAACAAGUCGAGCAAUCCGUUCGGGGACGAUCAGAGAUGGAGGAGAACGUCGUAG